CAAAGUUUUAUAUUGAUCAAACCUUUAACUUUAAUACCAACGGGGCUCAAAUCGCAGGGCCAUUUGGGCCCCGAGAUCAGCCCCCCUUCCACCGGCUCAAUAAACCCGCAGAAAGGAAGUCCCGGAAUCUGCCGGAGCUCGCAAUUCAUCGUCGUCGUCUUCCCCAGCACAGCACAGCACAGCUCGAAGCGGCGGAAGCAAGGAUGCCGAAGGCCGCGGGGGAUGCCAAGCUCCUGAUCCAGUCCCUCACCAAGGCCUACGCCACCACGCCCACGAAUCUCAAGAUCAUUGACCUGUACGUGGUUUUCGCGGUCGCCACUGCCCUGGUUCAGGUCGUUUACAUGGGAAUAGUUGGGUCAUUCCCCUUCAACUCUUUCCUGUCUGGUGUCCUGUCAUGCAUUGGAACUGCAGUGCUUGGUGUUUGCCUCCGUAUUCAAGUCAACAAGGACAACAAGGAAUUCAAGGAUCUUCCCCCGGAGAGGGCCUUUGCUGAUUUCGUCCUGUGCAAUCUGGUGCUCCACCUGGUGAUCAUGAACUUCCUUGGAUGAGCAACUGUCAUACAAGCUGUCGAGAUUUUGUAGUGUCCUAAUGUCUAAGACUGUCAGCAUGUUAGAUAUUCAUGUGGCACCAUACACACCUAUGUAAUCCGAGAGUUUCUCUAUGAACUAUAAGAAUUCAGUGGAUUUAGUGUUAACUUUGUGGAACAUGAGAACUUAUUCGAUUGAGUGAAGACAGCGAAAAGUGAUCACUUAAAUAUUA